AUGGUCAUUCUCAGUGCAUCCCAAGUCCAACAGCAAGAUGGAAAGAUGAUUAUUGAGCCGUUGGGUGCAUCACACGUCAAUCAGACUAAAACCACCGAGCCAUUAGUUAAAACAACACCAAGUAGAAACCAUAGUUUCGAUGAUUCUCGUGAAUUGCACAACACCAUUGAUUGCAAUUUUUCGGAAGCAUUUUCAGAUUACUGCAAGAUGAAAGGGAUCAUAAGAAUUCAUGGGCGUAGCUCAACCAUUUUUACUAGCAAUUCAUUAGCAGCUGGAAAUAAGUCAUGGUUGAUAAGACCCUACCCUAGAAAAGGAACGGAUGCAAUGAAAUCCGUUCGGGAAUGGACCAUAAAACCAAGUCACGGGCCUGAGUGCAACAAAACUCACACCGAUCCAACCAUCCUUUUCUCCAUGGCUGGUUUUUCUGGGAACCAUUUCCAUGCUUUUUCUGAUAUCAUAAUUCCACUGUUCACAAAUUCACGGAUUUUUAAUCGAAAAGUCCAUCUCCUUGCGACGAAUUACAAAGGUUGGUGGAUAACAAAAUUCCAAGUAUUACUCAACCAACUUUCGUAUCAUCAAGUUGUCGAUAUUGACAAUGAUGAUCAAGUCCAUUGCUUCCAAGACGUUGUCAUUGGACUCAGAUCACAUAAAGAGCUAGGCAUAGACACAUCAAGGUCUCUCAACGGGUACUCCAUUAAAGACUUCCGUGACUUCUUGAGGUCUGCUUACUCUUUGGAAAGACAAGUAGCCAUAAAGCUAAACUCCAAUGAUCAUAUUCAUAAUAGAAGGCCUCGUUUGAUGAUAAUAUCAAGAAAAGCUACCAGAAGACUAACAAACGAAGCAUGUAUUGUGAAAAUGGCUCAAAAGCUAGGUUACCAAGUAGUGUUGGCCAAUGUAACUCUUACUACUAAUCUUUCAAGCUUUGCUCCAAUUGUGAACUCUUGUGAUGUUUUGUUGGGAGUUCAUGGAGCAGGACUAACAAACAUGGUGUUCCUGCCUGACAAUGCGGUGGUGGUGCAAGUGGUGCCACUUGGUGGGAUCGAGGGGUUUGUGAAAACGGACUUUGGGGACCCAAGCUGA